AUGUCAGCUUCGGAGCUUGAGACUCUUCGCCAGGAACUUGAGAAGGCGAGGCGUCUUCAACAGGACGCCGAAAAGGCGAAAGAGAAUGCUGAACGGAGGGAAGAGGACGCGAAGCUGGAACUCGAGAAGGCUCAGAAGCAAACCCAGCCCACCUCGCUCCCUGAAUUUCUGGAUGCUUGUCACGUUCACCUAUCUGUAGGCUUUUCCUCGCGUGUCAACCACAAAACCGGCACGCAAGGGUUGCCGGAGAAUGCGUCCUCCAAACUUCGACCUAACUAUAUCAGGGAGUGGACGACAUUCCCCCAGGAACAAUUGACAGUAUGGCAAGACCUUCUGAAUGUCGACUUUGCCUCAGAGCCCCAUUUUACGUCCCUGCAUACCUUAAAGGAGAUCGGGAAGGAUAUGCAGGUGAGACUGAUGGGCUCUGAGAUGGAUCUCUGUUUCUAUGAGCGUUAUACUGUCGAGGAUCGUGUCUCCCUUGUUAUCCGAACUCUCCAUAUGAACUCCCAGCUCCGUGACAAGUUUAAUAUCCUGGGCAAAGUGAUAUUUGAGAAUCAUGGCAAUACUAUAGACUCUGCUGAACGGAGUCCCGGCCCAAGUAAUAGCACCCCACAGCAAUCCCCCGUGCAAAAAAGGCGAAGGCAGGUCGAUGAACAUGGAGACGAUAUUCCCGCAAUGCCAACCGUAUGGUCAACGUCCUCUCGCCCGCGUGCCGACCAGUUCUGUGUUUAUAAUGCAGGAAGUGAAGGGAAUAUCCCUGUCUUUAUCAUUGAGUAUAAAGCACCACAUAAGCUUACCCUUGAUACCAUUGAAAAAGGGCUCGGCGAUAUAGAUGUCAAUGAGGUUAUUUGCGUUGCUGAGGAUGAUAGUAUAACAAAGAUUAUUCGUCGGCGAGUUGCCGCGGUUGUUACACAGGCGUUCUCAUAUAUGAUCCAAGGAGAGCUUGAGUUUGGAUAUAUAUGUACUGGGGAGGCUUUUAUCUUCCUUCGUGUCGCUGCUGAUGACCCUACUACGGUUUACUACUACCUUUCUAUCCCAAACAACGAUAUCAAGGAUACUACUGGCUGGAAUAUCGAUCCGGGGAAUAACAAGUUACAUCUUACGGCUGUCGGACAGGUUCUUGCUUUCACCCUCCGAGCCUUAAAAUCUCGACCCCAUGGCCAAGUUUGGAGAAAAAACGCAGAAGCUCAGCUAAAGCGAUGGGAGAUUGAAGAUGAUAGUAGGCUUUUUUCCCCGGAUAUACCAGAGCUUGAGAAGAUCAAAGGGAGGAAGUUGUCAGAGUAUAAACCAACCCAUAGGAGUAGAGACGAAUACAUACGUCUUACGCCAGUCAAAACAAGGUCGAGAAAAUUAUUCUCUGCAUCGUGCCGCGAUCCGGAGGCCAGUUCAGGCUCCAGUGAUGAUGACAAUGGAGGCGGCGGAUUUCCUCCAAGCAGCCCAACUGCUAUGCUUCCUCGCCGGUCUUCUAAUGUUAUGGUUGUCAUACCUCAACCUUCUUCACGGGACCCUCCUCCCCCUCCACCGACAGGGAGAAAACAAUAUACUUAUAAUACUGGACCAAUUGCACCUUGGUGUACCCAGAAAUGCCUCCUUGGUUUGCGUAACCGCGGCCCUCUUGACCCGGAUUGUCCAAAUGUAGCCAGUCAUGGCAACGGCCACCAUGUCAUUGAUGACCGCGAAUGUCGUGAGCUAAUCCGUGAGCAAAUCAUAGGGAAAGCAGGCCCCUGGGGCUGUGAGUCCAUGCAUCGCCACGGAACUUCCGCAGCAUUAUUCUGGGUUACCACUUUUCCAUACAGCUACACGCUUGUUGCAAAGGCGGUACCUAUUGAAAUGGUGAACCGUGCUAUUUACGAGGAGCGUAUAUAUAAACAUCUGAGUUCCAUUCAGGGUGUCAAUAUCCCUGUCUGCCUGGGAGCUGUCGAUAUAUCCCCAAGCCCCCUCUGGUACGAUGGUAUCUGUGCAGUAGUACGCUUGCUGCUUCUAGGACAUGCAGGGAGAGUCAUUAAACUCCAUGCCGGCCUGGAUAAAUUGAAAGAGUUCUUGCCCUCUGUACUGGAAUCUCUACAGGCAAUACACGGGCACCAGGUCCUCCACCGAGAUACACACAUUAACAAUAUGUUCUGGAAUGCAGAGAACAAACGUGUGAUUCUUAUCGACUUCGAACGAGCGAGGAUUAUUGACACAAAGUCUCCUGGGAAGACAUCUUUGAAAAGGAAACGAGAGGAAACGACCUCAUAUGCCAAGGGGAAGAACAUAGACUUGUUUAAAAUGGAGUUGCAUGCUGUAAAGGGUGUUAUGGCGUGA